GGGUAAGAGCAUCGCCGUCGCGUUCCAACCAAAUCAGAUAUCCAUCACUCCAGAGUAAAUAUUCACAUAGCUGCAAGCAAUUCCAGCAACUCCUCAGAGUAGUCAGUCCGUUUGAUGGUCGGGUCUCUAUAACGCCUCAAUAAUGUCAAAGAAAACAAGUCUAUCUUUUGAGCGACGGACGCCUAAAUUCCUACAGAUUCUACGGGGUGAACUGCCCUCCGAACCAUCGGUGGAUACGAAACUUCAGAAACCUGGAGAUCUACAGGGUGGUGGACGAGAUGUCGACAGUGAUGACGAGACUACGAUUCCCGAAUACGUCUUUGAGGGAGAGACGAUUACGAAAGAGGAGAUGGAGGAGGUCAAGAAUGGGAAGACGCUCGCGCAGAUAAAAGAAGAGAGAGCAGCGCGAGAAGCCAAACAAGAUCAAAACGCGAUGAAACCACCAGAUCAAACGUCAAGCUCGAAAAAACAAACGGCAAACGUGUCCGAGUUUGGAAGUAGGAAACGGAAGCUGGUGACCAGAAUCAAGCAAGCUGAUGAUGACGAAGAAGAGCCAUCUGCGGAGCGGAAGCAGGACGCCGGUGGUAAGAACGAGGAAUCUACGAAAGACGCGGAGCCAAAGCGGAUUAAGAAGAAGAAAUCCGCAAAAAGCAAGAGCACGGUUCAGCUCUCUUUUGGAGACGAAGAAGAGUGAUGAUUACUGGAUCUUCGAGCAGGAUGUUAGAAGGGGACUAGUGUAUAUUAGGUGUAAAUUUUAGGUCGUGGUAAAUGUACAGU